UCUAAAAAAGUUUUCAUCUUUAUGUUUCCAGAAAGUCUCUAAGUUGCUACAAGACAAACAAAUUUGAAUAUGCCAAAAAAGUAUGAAAUCAACAACGAUGUUUUUUUGACAAAAUUUGCUAGGGAAUAUAGUACACUUGCUACUAAAUAGAAACCUAAACGUAAAAUGUACUGAAUAUUACCAGUAAUACACUGAAGAGUUAAUAUCAAGCACUGAAGUAAAGACUUGUAGUGGGUAUCUCACUCCUCACAGAGAAAAAUUAGAUACAGAGUUAAGACUUUACAAAUAUGGCAAAAAUAGAUCAACAAUGGUUAAACCUACCUCAGGAUAUAUUGUUGGAAGUAUUCAGAUAUCUUACAUUUGAAGAAAAGGCUAAUGUUCGUGCAGCCUGCAAAUAUUUGCAACGAUUGAUUGACCACCCUACUUUGUGGCUGAACAGAACAAUUGUCUUAAAAAGCUUACAAAACUGCAACUCAUGUUUUUGGACUACACUUCGAAAAAGGAGAAUAAGAUCUCUGCUGAUCAGGGAAGCAACUCCGAAGCAAUUGCAGAAGAUGGUGAAUUUGAUUCCGAACCUGGCUGCUGUUUCUAUGGAUGUGAAAGUGAACGUGGAAAGACUGCGCGCUCUGAGACCCUUGGCAAACUUACACACACUGCAGCUGAAUGAUGGUUCAUUAAUGCUAGACCAGGAGCUGCUAAGGGAGGUGGUAAACUUCAAACAAUUGACAACCUUGGUUUUAUGUUCUUUGGUGUCUGGCCACAGCAGGUCUCUGUGCCUCCUCGCAGAAUUAAAAAAGUUGCAGUCUUUGACACUUCACGCGAGGCAGAAGGGCCCUUCUUUGUCAGCCAUUCAGUAUAUUUUGUUCCGGUUGCCAAAACUGAGAGAGCUAUCAUUGAGUUCAGUGGACACAUGGGAAAACUUGUCAUUGUGCUUUACAGCACCAGAAUGGAAGACCCCCGAAGAGGCAGAUGGUUUGGAGUCAAACUGCAUUUCACAGCUUCAAUUGGAGAAGCUGAGCCUUUUGCACAGCGCAAAUGGUCCACUGUCCAGGAAAGCUCUCGAGCAACUUUCGAAUGUAAAGAGCCUUUCUGUGAGCCUUACCAAGUCCUGUGUUUCACGGAACACCAAUUUUCUACAUAGUAUGCUGGAGAGCCUGCCAAAUAUUACUGAAUUAGAACUGUCCUGGAACGGACCUUUUGCUGAAUUUGUGAACAUUUUGCCUUCGAACCUCAGAAGAAUUGAUUUGGUAAAUGUAAGGCUUUCAAAUGCCGAUGUGCAGCUUCUUUCUGAUUCUUCAGGAAAAUCUCUGAAACAUCUGGGCUUGAUGCUCUGCAGUGGUAUUACUGAAACAAUGUUAAAGCAACUGCCCAGACAUUUUCCUUACUUGCAGACCCUUGACCUGAGAACGAACUGGCCAAGAAUGAACCCAGUGGACUCGGACCCCGUGCAACAGGCCCUCGGCAGCCAGGGCUCCCUACUGGGCCUACAUGAUCAACUGCUCCGAGAAGUCAUCGGAAACCUUCGUGCCCUGUCCAAGAUCAUAAAGAAGGUCAGUGAGCAGGUUGAUCGGGUAUCUGCUCCCCUUUGGACUUUGAACUUUGAAGAGAUGAGUAGAGAACCAGCUACAAAACCUGAAGUUCGAGACGCUAAACCUGCAAAAGAUGCCGAUGGCGACGGAAAAAAGAAACCUGACCCUAAACAUCCUGAGAUAACUUAUGAAUUGUUGAUGAAUUUGUUUUGUGAUCAUGCUGAUGAAAUAUGCCGAGGCUUUAAAGAAGAGAUUACGGCAAUUAUGCAAACUUUUGGUGUGCUUGACCAUCAAGUUCAACAGCAAUAA